GCACUGUGGAAUGACAGGCAUUCGUUCUUCCUUGGAGGGGGCUGGCAUGGGAGCGUAUUUAUGAGAAUUACACCGUGCCCAGGCGAGCAAUACAGGACAUACCGUGGCAGAGCUUGGACCCGCAAUCCUGGACUUUUUCUGACUUGGGACCAUUCUUCUUUGGGGUCUCGGAGUGGGUUGGGGGGAAGCGGUGAAGUUUCUCCACCCUGCGGAGUCUGUUAACUUUCAGAGGCUGAUGUCUGCUUCUCGAAUCGGCUUGCCUUGCUCCCUCUCUCUGAGCCUACCUUGAAGAAUAAAAGAAUGGGACAGACACGCUACUCAAGACCGGUAUAUCCAGCUCCCUUGGCUGAGGAGGGGGAGCAGCCAACACAGGAUGCUGGAACAGUGGCUGAAGUUCUGGAAUCCGGCGACACAACCCCGCCUUCCAAGAGAAAGAGCAAAUUUGCUGGGUUUGGCAAGAUCUUUAAACCUUGGAAGUGGCGAAAAAAGAAAACCAGUGGAAAAUUUAAAGAGACAUCAGAAGUUUUAGAACGAAAGAUUUCAAUGCGAAAACCAAGAGAGGAGCUCAUUAAAAGAGGGGUUCUUUUGGAAGAUGUUGAACAGGAUGGAGAAGAGCCAGAGAAGCCAAUUCAUGCUACUUUGAAAAAUGGACACACCAUUCCCAUUGACUAUUCUGGAAUUGUCAAUCUUGCACACUUGGAGGAAGAAACUGGAAAGAGAUUGAGCCUUAAGAAGUCCAGUCCCCCUGAAGAGCCAAAGAAAUUGCAGGGACCUUUCAGCAAUCACCCGAAUUUGGAAACGGAGACCCAUCCUGAGCCCCCUGCUCCCAAGCAGCCACUGCUUCCUCCAAAACGACCGUUGUCAUCCUCUUCGCAGGAGACGAGUGAUCUGCAAACAAGGGAAUUUGGCUUUGGCAACAGCAGUGCAAGGACUGUGUCUUCUUCCACAACUGCAGCUGCCCCCCGGACUGCUCCUACCCCUGCCCCCCGGACUCUGCCCUCUGCUCCCACAAGUGGCCAUGCUUUGGCCACUAAUACUAGCAAUGCCACCCCGACAAAGCAGCCCCCUGUGCCACCACCCAAGCCUGUUAAUAGGAAUAGCAACCCCUUAAUAGCUGAAUUAUCUCAGGUGAUUAACAGUGGCACAUCGCUGUUGAAGCCUUCACCACCUCUGCCUCCCAAGAGGGGCCUCCCGCUGAAUGUACCUUCCUUGCUAGAAUCCUCCGCCGUUGCUCCCAAAUCCCCUACUGAGAGGAUCAUGCCGUCCUAUCCUUCCUCGCUACCUCCACACAUGAUCUCAACUCUCCCUCCAGCUGCUCCUUCAACCUCCCUGCCUCCUCACAUUCCAUCAGAACCCCUCAACGCUCCACUGCCUAGCUCCCUCUAUGGAGCAGAGCCCCCCUUUUCUGCAGAACUUCGGAUGGGGAGUCAACAAGAAAGUCUAUCCAUGAUGGAUCCAGCCAGAAGAGUGGCCGAGCGGGGGUUUGGAGAACCUCAAGGGCCUCCUCGGUUGUCCCAGCUCCCGCUGCACAUCCGCAUCCAGCAGGCCUUGACUAGCCCUCUGCCAGCAACCCCACCUGCCGAAGGCUCACACAGGGCUCAUUCUCUGCUCUUCGAGAACGAAGGCUCCAGCGAGGAGAAUGGAGCAGUAGGCAGGACAAGGUCUCUACCUGUGACUAUCGAGCUGCUGAAAGUUCCAGACGAUGAAGAAGAAGAGGAGGAGGAGGAGGAAGAUGGCUCAGGAGAUGCAUGUCCUUCCAAUCACCAUGUUUACAUUGGAGACGCCCCAAUGGUUGCGGUUAUUCCUAGGCUGAUCCUGCAGACAGUGCAGGAUGAAGACGAGGGACCAAGUGAUUCGGAUUCAGAGGGACCCAUUUUGUACAGGGAGGAAGAGGAGGAGGAGGAAGAUGAAGACGAAAGCCACAACACGGCCCUGGCCAAUAAAGUCAAGAGGAAAGACACCUUGGCUAUGAAACUGGGAAACCUGGCUUCCCGGCAGGAAUUGCCAAGAGAGAGCACUUUCCCUCGGAAGAGCAAGGAAGAGUGGAAUGAAAUCCGACAGCAGAUUGGGACAACGCUAAUCAGGCGAUUAAGCCAGAGACCAACGGCAGAAGAAUUGGAGCAAAGGAAUAUACUUCAGCCAAAAAAUGAGGCUGAUCGGCAGGCUGAGAAGAGGGAAAUAAAAAGGAGGCUCACUCGAAAGCUUAGCCAAAGGCCUACUGUGGCUGAACUACAGGCCAGAAAGAUCCUGAGAUUUCAUGAAUACGUGGAGGUAACCGAUGCCCAUGACUAUGACAGGAGAGCAGACAAGCCGUGGACAAAACUCACUCCUGCUGACAAGGCUGCCAUCCGGAAGGAGCUGAACGAAUUCAAGAGCUCGGAGAUGGAAGUGCAUGAAGAGAGCAAGCAGUUCACUCGAUAUCAUCGGCCUUGAGGAUUUUUUAA